AUGAAAUUGGAUGUUGUUAAACAAUUUUCGACACGCUCAGAUAGAGUGAAAGGAAUAGAUUUCCAUCCAACUGAACCAUGGAUUUUAACAACUUUAUAUAAUGGUAAAAUUGAGAUUUGGUCAUAUGCCACCAAUUCGUUAGUUAAAUCUAUACAAGUCACUGAAUUGCCUGUACGUGCUGGUAAAUUCAUUGCUCGUAAAAAUUGGAUUGUUGUUGGAUCAGAUGAUUUCCAAAUUAGAGUUUAUAAUUAUAAUACUGGAGAAAAAGUGACUCAAUUUGAAGCUCAUCCAGAUUAUAUUAGAAGUAUUGCUGUUCAUCCUUCUAAACCAUACAUUUUAACUUCAAGUGAUGAUUUAACUAUAAAAUUAUGGAAUUGGGAUCAUAAUUGGAAAUUGGAACAAACUUUUGAAGGGCAUCAACAUUAUGUCAUGAGUGUAAAUUUCAAUCCUAAAGAUCCAAACACUUUUGCUUCAGCAUGUUUAGAUAGAACAGUUAAAAUUUGGUCAUUAGGUUCAUCACAACCAAAUUUCACUUUAAUUGCUCAUGAAUCUAAGGGGGUAAAUUAUGUAGAUUAUUAUCCACAAGCUGAUAAACCUUAUUUGAUCACUUCUUCCGAUGAUAAAACCAUUAAAGUUUGGGAUUAUCAAACUAAAUCAUGUGUGGCCACUUUAGAAGGACAUUUAUCAAAUGUUUCAUUUGCAAUUUUCCAUCCUGAAUUACCAAUUAUUGUUUCUGGUUCUGAAGAUGGUACUAUUAGAUUUUGGAAUUCAAAUACUUUCAAAUUGGAGAAAUCCAUAAAUUAUAGUUUAGAAAGAGCUUGGUGUAUUGGAAUAUUACCUAAAUCUAAUGUUAUUGCUGCCGGGUUUGAUUCUGGGUUUGUUAUUAUUAAAUUGGGAAGUGAAGAACCAUUAUUUUCUAUGGAUUCUAACAAUAAAUUGAUUUAUGCUAAAAACUCCGAAGUUUAUCAAUCAGUAAUUAAACCUUCAAGUUCUGAAGGAUUAAAAGAUGGUGAAUCAUUAAACUUGCAACAAAGAGAUUUGGGAUCAAUUGAAAUUUUCCCACAAACUUUAAGUCAUUCGCCAAAUGGUAGAUAUGCUGCUGUAUGCGGUGAUGGUGAAUAUAUAGUGUACACCGCUUUAGCAUGGAGAUCGAAAAGUUAUGGUAGUGCCUUGGAUUUCGUUUGGAAUAGUCAUGAUUCAUCAGCUGCUUGUCCAUUUGCCAUUCGUGAAAGUGGUGUUAGUGUUAAAAUUUACAAGAAUUUCCAAGAAUAUUUAACUCUUGAUUUGAUUUAUCAAGCCGAUAAGAUUUUCACUGGUUCCUUGUUGGGUGUUAAACUGGAAGGUUGUAUUUCCUUUUAUGAUUGGGAACAUGGUAAAUUGGUGAGAAGAGUUGAUCUAGAUGAUGAUAUUGCUGAUGUCAUUUGGUCUGAUAACGGCGAAUUAUUAGCAAUUAUCACUACAUCCAAUUUGGGUGAAAUUAGCAGUACUGUGGGGGUUAAAAAGAAUAACGAAACUUAUUUCUUGAGUUAUAAUCAUGAAUUGUUUGAAGAAGCAUUGACUAAUGGUGAAUUGGAUGCAGAAGAAGGUGCAGAAUCUGCUUUUGAGGUCUUGUAUACUUUGCCUACUUCUGAAUCUAUUUUAUCAGGUAAAUUCAUUGGUGAUGUAUUUGUGUACACUACUGGCACUACAAAUAGAUUGAAUUAUUUUGUUGGAGGUGAAGUUAUAAAUUUGGGUCAUUUUGAUCGUAAAUUCUACAUUAUUGGAUAUAAAGCUAGUGAUGGUAAAUUGUACCUUAUUGAUAAAUCUUUUGAUGUGGUUUCUUGGUAUGUGAAUGCUGAAGUUUUGGAAUUACAAACAUUAGUUAUGAGAGGUGAUUUGGAACAAUUUGCCACACAUAAUGUCGUUGAUGAAGAAAGUGGAGAAGAAGUACCAGAUUUAUCUACAAUCACUUUGGAUAAUGUAUCUGAAGAAUAUUCUCAAUUAAUUUCAAGAUUUACUAAAACUGAAUUGAAUCAAUUAUCAAGAUUUUUUGAAAAAUUGGGGUAUUUAGCAUUAUCAUUUUCAUUAUCUCAAGAUUUCGAUUCAAAAUUCCAACUUUCUUUAUCUACUGGUAAUUUGAAACAAGCUUAUGAUUUAUUAUCAGCACAAGAAAAGGAAAACCCAUCAUUAUCAUUAGCAAAUUCUACUAAAUGGAAGAAAUUGGGUGAUUUGGCUUUAACAAAAUGGAAUAUAAAACUAGCUCAAGAAAGUUUUUGGUUAGCUAAAGAUUAUUCAUCAUUAUUAUUACUAUUAUCAUCUUCACAAAACAAAUCCCAAUUAAUAAAAUUAGCAGAAGUAUGUGAAGCUAAAGGUAAAUAUAAUAUAGCAUGGCAAUCAUGGUGGUUAGUUGGUGAUGUUGGUAAAUGUUUUGAUUUAUUAAUUACAAGUGAAAGAUAUACUGAAGCAGUUAUAUUUGGUAAGAAUUAUGGGGUUGAUUCUGAAAAAUUGACUAAAGCCAUUGAAUUAUGGAAACAAACUUUGCAUAAAAAGAAUAAAAGUAAAGUUGCUAAUAGAUUGAUUGAUAAUUUUAGCAAUUUACAAACUAAUGGGUCAACAGGUGCUCCAUUGAUUGAUUUGGAAAACAAGCAGGAUGAUGAGGAAGAAAAAGAAGAGGAAGAAAAGAUUGAAGAUGAAGCUGGUGCUUCAGAAGUUCAACAUGAAGAAGUGGAUAAAGUGGAGGCUGAAAUACAACAAGAUGAUGAAGUGACAGCAGAAGAUGUUUAA